AUGCUCGAGCUUGUUGGCAAACACCAGGCAGAGCUCUAUACCGAGAAGGUCACUGGCUACUAUCUCCGUCGAAGGGAUACCCAAGAGCUCGACCAGAUCACAACCCUUCCAAAUGGAUUGCGGGUGGCUUCAGAGGCCCUCCCCGGGUCCUUCUCCGGUGUGGGAGUCUACAUCGAGGCUGGAUCACGAUUUGAGAACCAAGCGCUGCGCGGCGUAUCGCACAUUAUGGAUCGCCUAGCUUUCAAGUCGACAUCGAAGCACACCGCUGAUGAGAUGUUGGAAACGGUGGAGGCUCUGGGCGGGAACAUCCAGUGUGCGUCAUCGCGUGAAUCCAUGAUGUACCAAGCAGCAACCUUCAACGGAGCCGUGCCUCAAACGGUCGGCCUGCUGUCCGAGACGAUCCGCGAUCCCCAGAUCACUGAGGAGGAGGUUGCUGCUCAGAUUGAGACGGCGCGAUACGAAGUUGCCGAGAUCUGGAGUAAACCCGAGCUCAUUCUGCCAGAACUGGUUCACACAGCUGCGUUCAAGGACAACACCUUGGGAAACCCGCUUCUGUGCCCGGAGGACCGGUUCGGGGUAAUCAACCGCGAUUCUGUCCUGAUGUACAGGGACUUAUUCUAUAGACCAGAGAGGAUGGUGCUUGCUUUUGCUGGUGUUGAGCACGGUCAGGCUGUCCAACUGGCAGAGCAAUACUUCGGCGACAUGCACUCGACAUCAAAAACGACGACGACAGGAUCAGAGACCAGUGAGAGCGUCACUAGCGAAUCCGAUCUCUCCAGCGUCACCUCCUCCGCCGCUUCGUCGCCUCGAAGCUCCCCCAAGAUCCUCUCCAAGAUUCCCUUCUUCAAGAACAUCUCCACUACCGCCCCCAAUGGCGCUGCCAUUCUUAAUACCCCUCCCUCCGAACUUGAAAUCCGCCAACCAUCCCACUACACUGGAGGAUUCCUCUCCCUCCCCCCUCAACCCCCGUCCCUGAACAACACCAACUUCACUCACAUCCACCUCGCCUUUGAGGGUCUCCCCGUCGCCUCAGACGACAUCUACGCCCUGGCCACCCUCCAGACCCUCCUCGGCGGCGGCGGCUCGUUCUCAGCCGGCGGCCCCGGAAAGGGGAUGUACUCCCGACUCUACACCAACGUCCUGAACCAGCACGGCUUCGUCGAGUCCUGCAUCGCCUUCAACCACUCCUACACAGACUCCGGCCUCUUCGGCAUCUCCGCCUCCUGCCUCCCCGGCCACACCUCCGCCAUGCUCGACAUCAUGUGCCAGCAGCUCCACGCCCUCACCGUCGAGACCGGCUUCUCCCGCCUCCAGGACACUGAGGUCGAGCGCGCCAAGAACCAGCUCCGCUCCAGCCUGCUCAUGAACCUCGAGUCCCGCAUGGUCGAGCUCGAGGACCUCGGCCGCUCCGUCCAGGUCCACGGCCGCAAGGUCCCCGUCCGCGAGAUGUGCCGCCGCAUCGAGGCCCUCACCGUCGCCGACCUGCGCCGCGUCGCCGACGAGGUCUUUGGCGGCAGGACCGGCAACGUCGGCGCCGGCAGCGGCGCCCCCACCGUCGUCCUCCAGGAGGCGCAGGCGUACGGCCUGACCAGCCACACCAUGAGCUGGGACAAGAUCCAGGAUCGCAUCGACAAGUGGAACCUGGGCCGCAAGGCAUAG